AUGGGCUACCUCAUCGGCGGCUACCUCCAUGCUAAGCGUCGCCUCAAGAAGGGCCUCCUGCCCCUCGCCUACCACCGCUGGAUGGUCCGCCGCGCCGUCCUCGCCCAGGUCGACCCCCGCUACGGACGCCCCCACCAGCAGCCGGCUUACUACGCCACCUACCGCCCCGGCUACGGCGAAGCCUACGCGCAGGGCCAGGGCCACGGCGGCUACGGCAUGCAGAACAUGCCGCCCCCGCCGCCCAUGUAUGACCCCUCCUCGGCGAGGCCGCCCAUGUAUGUCCCGCCCGAGGGCGGCAGCAAGGUCGACCCAUCGCAGACAUAUGGGCGUGAGAGCUAUGCGCCGCCGGCUGGGCCGCCUCCACCUCAGCAGCAGACGGGCGUCGCGACGAACACCACGGGGAACACGAAUCCGUUUCUCGACAGGCCGCAGGCGUGA